AUUAACUUACAAGUUAGAGUGUCGAAUCCCUGGAAACCAAAGAAAAAUGACUACUUGUUCUGCUCCUGAUUGUGGUAAAGAGACCAGCUCUUUGUUGAAGUGUCCCAUCUGUCUUAAACAGGGACUUACCUCGGUGUUUUGUGAUCAACAGUGUUUCAAGAGAAGCUAUGCAAUGCACAAGGCUCUGCACCAGAAGCCAGGUGUGGAUUCGUACGAUCCGUUCCCAAACUUCCCAUUCACAGGUGACUUGAGACCGGCAUAUCCGUUGAGUGCCCGCCGUGAAGUCCCAGACACCGUGGUGUUGCCAGAUUACGCUGCUGAUGGUAAGCCAACGUCGGAGAUCUUGAACGAUAGAACAACAAAGAUCCCGAUCUAUACGGAGGAUGAGUUGAAGAUCAUCAAGCAAGUUGCCGAGUAUGGUAGAGAGAUCUUGGACGCUGCUGCUGCUCUUGUGAAACCAGGCAUCACCACUGACGAGAUUGACCAGGUUGUUCACGAUGAAACGAUAAAGAGAAACUCCUACCCAUCUCCUUUGAACUACUACAACUUCCCAAAGAGUGUGUGUACCUCUGUGAACGAAGUCAUCUGUCACGGUAUCCCGGAUAAGAGACCUUUGAAGGAUGGCGACAUCGUCAACAUUGAUAUCUCUGUUUACUUCAACGGGUACCAUGCAGAUUUGAACGAGACGUACUACGUCGGUACACCAUCUAAGGAUGCAAUCAAUGUUGUUGAAACUGCAAGAGAAUGUCUGGACAAUGCCAUUGCGGCUUGUAAGCCAGGCGUUGCCUUCAGAUCCCUAGGUGAUAUCAUUGAAAAGCAUGCAAAGCAAAACGGGUGUUCUGUCGUCAGAUCCUUCUGCGGCCACGGUGUUGGUAAAUUCUUCCACUGUGCUCCACAGGUGGCUCACUAUGCAAGAAACAAAUCGCCAGGUAUUAUGAAGCCAGGUAUGGUGUUCACUAUUGAGCCAAUGAUCAACCUGGGUACUUGGAGAGAUACAACAUGGCCCGACGAUUGGACUGCAACAACUGCCGAUGGCCAAUUAAGUGCUCAGUUCGAGCACGAACUGCUCAUAACAGAAAAGGGAUGCGAAGUUUUGAGUGCUAGAAAGCCUACAAGUCCAGGUGGUCCAGUUAAAAGAAAGUAGACCUUGUAUAUAGUACACUUCACAGCUCCAGUCAUUUACAACCUGAAAGUUGUCAUGAGCGAGCUACCUCCCAUUCUCCCUUAUCGGGUGAUCAAAUACACGGUUAUCUGCC